GCCCACAGGCUGAUGCUCUUGUGCAUUUGCAAGCUGCAAGACAUCAAUCAGUAUAUGCAUCCUGGUUUGAAAACCAUUUUUGGUCGCAGAGUUGAAGGCAGUGCUGCAUCGCACAAGGUUUCUUGUUAAGUAGUUUCCUCUGCCAUCAUCUCUGCUUGUGGCAAUGCAUAUUACAACACUGACUCCAAAUUAAUUAAUUUUUCAUAAGAUGUGCAAUGAAUUUGAAAGCUCUGUUAAAUGUAUGGGUACAGGAAGUGAAACUAAGUCACUGCCAUUAGCAUCCACAUAUCUGCAGCAAUGUCCUGAUAGUGUGUAAGAGAUGAGUGAUCCAAAUAGGAGGAGCAUUGCAAGGCUAAUUGAAUGUGAUCCAGUCUACUCUUAAACGUUAAACCUUGUCAGCUGUCAUUGGAUUAUUGCAUUCACAACACUUUCUUUGGUGUAAGAAAACAAAAUCACCUUCUAGCAUUCUGUAGUAUGAAGCCUGUUUCACUUAUUGUGGCAUUUCUGCGACUCUUGAAGCUAGAAUUUGAACAACUGAGGGAUUCAGCGAAGUGUCAGAAUGUCAGGAAAUGUAAGAGUUUACUGAGGCCCAAAGUGAGCGCUCACACAGAUUGCCUGUCCUUGAAUCUUCAGAUAUGAACAUUUUCUUUUCAGUGAGGCUAUGCACAGCAGCCACUUUGAACACCAUGUUCAUUGCAGUGCACUGCGGAAUUCGAGAGAUCUAAGUUAUGUGGUGAUAAAGAUUCAUGUUGUGGUCUUCUGAAUUAUGAUGCCGUGUAGUCUGGUAGGUACGUCUGUCAUGAAGGCGGAGGCAGUAUGUUCCUCGAGUGUGUUGGUGCAUACUUAUCAGACUGCAUGGUGUCAGAACCCAGAAGACUGCAGUAUGUAUGUUUAUGUCUGCUUUUUUAUACAAGACAAACAUAAGUGCCCAUUUUUCAUUGAGAAUAUGCCUGCUUUCCUUGUCACUAUUACAACUUGCAGUAGUUAAAACUACAAAGGGAACAUAAUAGUCAUAUUAAGAAAUAAAAGCUUAUGUGCAUAUUUGGAGUGAGGACUCAAAAACCUUCCACAUCACUUUGACAUCCAUGGCUACCAUACAUAUAUUGCAAGAGUAAAGAUUAAAUUUUGUAAUAUCUGUUGGAUCCUAUCUCAAGUAUGUGAUAGAAAACAGGACUGACAAAAAUGUUUUUUUUAUAUAUACAUUAUUAGAUGUCUCUCGAAAACGUUCCUUUGUUUCUAGGACUGUGGGUGUGGAAUUCCAAUAGUCUUCUGUCUGUAUUGUACUAAAUCAUGACACUGCAUUCUCAGACGAGUCAUUUUUCUUUUAGGGGAAAUAUCAGAUCAGUGUCCAUAAUGUUUGCAGUCAUCACAUCUCAAUUAGCCUUGUAGCAAAGCAAUUUAUUUGUCUCAGACUGUGAUAUUCUUUCUGUGAUCUGUAACCAAUCCAGCAUCAUGGUGGAUAUCUGAGAAAUCUCAGAUGAUUUUAACUGUGUAAGACAUUUUUAUUAGCUUUUCUCUUUGCUAUGUUUUUUAUUGGUUUUAUACUGAUGAAGGCCUUUAUUUUAAGGCUUGUGAUUUAACAAAGAUACCUGAUUUUGGGGUUUUAUUAUUAAAUAUAUCAAGUGCUUUACUGAGGCCAAGGGAAGAUGUUCCAUGGACCAACUCCUUCAAUCUCCCUUGACUUAUACCCCGCAGCCCACUCCAGCAUACUUCCCUGCAUCUAACUAUUCUAACAUGAAUGUUGGUACUGAUAACCACAUGAUGACCUUCACUAGCAACAAGCACUUUGUGGAUUGAAUGGGAAUACAGCAGGCAGGCACUGUCAUCCCCACCAACCAUGGGACUUCUUUCUGUGGCCUAAGUAUAGUUCAGAGUGGUUUUGGAUGUAAGAGAUUUUUAUUCAUGGUGUACUCCAGCUGUGUGACAGCGCUGACAUCAUGACGUUGACAUAGAGCUUGUAGUCUCAUACAGUCCUCUACACAGAAAAUGAAGCAAGUAUAUUCAUAUUUAUGUUAUUCAGAAAUGAAAUUAAAUGAAUGAACUCCAAAAAUCAGGUUCUCUACCGACAGACUUUUGGGUCAGUGUUAGUGAUAAUUUGUAUAUUUAUAGUUUUAGAGGAAAUUAAUAUCAUCAAGACUGAUAAAAAUAACUCAGGGAGAUUUAUUAGGGUUCAGAGAAAUGCACAUUUUUAAAGCUUGUUCCCAUUCAUGUAGGAAGAGCUGGAGUUGUCCCGUCUUUACAUUAGCUGUGUUGUCAGCAUGCCGCAGCAAGUUGUGUGUCAGCCUUGCACUUUAUAAUAUUGUAAUCAAUUAAGGGAUGUGCCCAUGUUUGCUCUGUGGAAUUAAAAUUCCCUGCUUUUUAUGUCUGUUUUGAAACAAAGCAGUGGACAGAGAUGUUUAAGUAAAAUGGCUGUUGAGUUGCCAAGUUACUGUAAGUCACUUAUGCAAAUUUUCAAAAUAUAGGAAUUCUUUAAACUUUUUAUAUUGUGAUUCUUUUAAAGUUUGCAGAAAUGGUUUACAGUGCUUGGGAACUUUGUGGCUGGAUCAGCAGUCUUGGUAUUGUAAACUUGAUCUGUGCACAUUCCGUCUCUUACAUGUUCAUGGUCAGUCUGUAGGAUAAAUUCAGAGACGCUUUGGCUGUUAGCUUGGCUGGUCACUCAGCAUGAACGAGCACAUAGGUGGGUUUAUUGAGCCUUGCUUAUGAAUUAUCCUGAUUGACACAUAAGGAUACAGUCACUUGACAACAAAUUGAUGUGGCCCAGUUAGUAGUAAAGAAAUGCUGCUGUUGUCAUCAGAAACCAAAUAUACUGUUGCAUUAUACAGCUAAUGUGAAAUGGGACUGCACCGGUGGAAAGUGCCUUGUGAUUAUGCGACUAAAGAACUCAGGAGAAUGUAAAUGUGAGAGAAUAGCAUAUAAACUGAAAUCUUGAGUGCUUACUGCUACAGGUUGAAUAGUAUUACCAUCUCUUUAAUAUUUUUAUGAAUUACUUGUGCUCUGUAAAGCUAACGUUCUGAGAAUCAGCCAUAUCAGGUUAUGGCCUCAUUGUCUAUGCUUCUGAUAACCUCAGUGGCAUGUAACCUCAGUUACAUGUUGUCUUUACUAAUUCAGGGCUGGCAGAGCAGAUCUUUUGAACUGUGCUGUAGAUUCAGUUUUGGGAUUGUUCUAAGCAGAUGUGUUUUGAGGAGGAAAUAGAUGGACAGUAAUUUGAGUUUAGUUUUGUCUGGUAUGUUUGAUUUGUGGAUCACAAGUUCCAGUCAUCAUUUUCUGUGCCACUGUCUGCAACCUAUUGAUGGAACCUCACCAGAACUGUUCCCUGUACUGCAGAUCUGCCGUGUUCCUCAUGUGAUUGCAGUAGUCCAUUUUCUGAACAGUGUACCAGAAAAACAUUUAUUGAAUGUGUAAAGUGUUAAUGGAUAGGGCUGAGUGUUACCAAGACACAGAACAGAAGCCACAAGUUUUCUCUCUCUUUGUUAUUCUUUGACUUUUCUUCUUUGUGUGAUACAGUUUGAGGGCUUUUCUUAAGACUCCGAGGACUGAUGUGCCGUGGCUUUGUUUCUUUACUGUUUUGAUCACUGACAUGUCUUGGGUAUCCCCCAGAAUUUGAGGAUGUCUUUGCAUAGAUCCUCGUCUCUAAAUUCUCUUGAUCUUCAUAUCAUAGAGCCUUGCCUCCAUAAACAUUUGCCCUUGUUCUCAUACAGUUUGGUUACUCAAAAACCCAACUUUCUUCUCAAAACAGCUCAUCUCCAGGAUUUGACCAUGUUCACAUAGAACCUUGUCUGCAAAAGUCCAUCAUUUUUCAUAUAGAGUUUUCUCCAGAAACUCAACAUUGGAAUGGUUUGGCUAAUAAAGUUCAUAUUUGGGAACCUUGAGGUCAUAGUGAGGUUGGUGCACAGUAGUAAUGUGUAUCGCUGUCAGUGAAAGGCUGUUAGAAAUAUUGGGGAGCAAUAAAUGUUUGUGACCCAUUGCACAGUCACAAAGCCUUCUGCUGUAGCACUAAGCACUGUGACAGUUAGAUGCUACUGUCUGGCAUUAUAAUUACUGUGAUAUGGAAACACUGGUUCUACUCAAGAGACUGGACUCUUAUCAAAAUAAGGUACGUACACAAUUUUUAUAUUUAUGUGUGUGUAUUGAUUUUGCAAUCUGUGAUACAAAGUGACACCCAUUCUUUUGCUCUCUUUUGCAUGGCAGUUGCGUCUGGAUUUCUGGCGGAAAAGAAGAAAGAAUUACUUCUUAGAGAAGCAGUGUGAAAGGAUGGAGCUCUCAGGACUGUCUCUUCAUGCAAGAGGCGAUGGAUCAGGAAGAUUAUGGGGUGGGCUAUAUAGAGGAGGACCACCCCCUGCGACCCCAGGCGGCAGCACAGUCGCUCGCUCUGCUGCAGGUGCCGGACAAAUCCGGACGACGUUCCAGGAAUACGUCUAUAUCAUCUUCUGUGACUGACCUUGACGCACCCAUUUACACGCGGGAAGACGUUCGGUCCACGCAGCAUCAUGGUUUCAACGGGCGCCUUGUUUUCGCAAUUGCCGCCGCGGCGCUCGGAUCGGCAUUCCAACAUGGCUACAACACUGGUGUUGUGAACGCACCCCAGAAGCUGAUAGAGGAAUGGAUUACAGAGACAGAGCAGAACAGGACAGGCCAAGUUGUGGACCAGUCCAAAGUGACAAUCAUCUGGUCCAUUGCUGUAGCCAUCUUCUGUGUAGGGGGUAUGAUAGGAGGUGCCAUCACUGGUAUUGUGGCAGAGCGGUUUGGCAGGAAGGGUGGCCUCUUGCUAAACAAUGUGCUGGUUGCGCUUGCUGCCAUAUUUGAAGGUGCCUCAAAAGCAGCAGGCUCUUUUGAGAUGAUCAUCAUUGGCCGAUUCUUCAUUGGUAUCAAUUCCGGAUUGAAUGCUGGCUUGGCACCCAUGUACCUUGCAGAGAUAUCACCGGUGCACUUGAGAGGGGCGGUUGGUACUGUUUACCAGCUAGUCAUCACCAUUUCCAUCCUAGUAUCACAGAUUCUCGGGCUGGAAUCAAUCUUGGGCACAGAGGACUCCUGGCCUAUUCUCCUGGCAAUCACAGUGGUUCCCGGGAUCUUCCAGUUGGCCACUUUACCCAUCUGCCCAGAGUCACCAAAGUACUUGCUGCUUAGCAAGGGGCAAGAAAUGGAGGCACAGAGAGCACUGACCUGGCUGCGAGGUAGUAUCGAGGUGCAUGAUGAGAUGGACGACAUGCGCAAUGAGUAUGAGGCAAUGAAACUUGUCCCCAAGGUCACCCUCAAGGAGAUGUUUGUCAAUGCCACUCUCCGCAUCCCGCUGAUCAUUGCCAUGAUGGUUAUGGUGGCCCAGCAGCUGUCCGGAAUUAAUGCUGUCAUGUUCUUCUCAACGAAGAUCUUCCGGAUGGCGCAGCUGGAUGACAAGAGUGCACAGUAUGCUACAUUGGGAAUGGGUGCAGUGAAUGUGUUUAUGACUCUUGUCUCGAUGGUCAUUGUGGAGAAGGCUGGUCGCAAGACCCUGCUACUCAUUGGGUUCGCUGGCAUGUGCUGCACCACUAUUCUGCUCACCAUCUGUCUCGCCUAUGUGCAGAAUGCUGCUUUGUGGGUAUCGUACAUCAGCAUUCUGCUCGUCAUCCUCUUUGUUGUAAUGUUUGCAAUUGGACCCGGCUCCAUCCCUUGGUUCCUGGUGUCGGAGUUGUUCAACCAGUCAGCACGAGGGGCAGCAACGAGUCUUGCCGUGGCCAUCAACUGGACUGCUAACUUCAUUGUUGGCAUUGGCUUCUUGCCACUGCAGGAAGCUUUGGGUGGAAAUGUAUUCAUCAUAUUCACCAUCCUGCUGGCCUUGUUUGUCCUGUUUGUGUACAAGAAGGUUCCUGAGACGAAGAACAAGACUAUAGAAGAAAUCAGCUCCAUGUUCCGACAGAUUUCUUACCAAUGAAGAUGUGUGGCUGAACAGUGUUGUUCUCUGUAAUCGUGUGGAGAAAUACUUGAGACAAGUCCCUAAUUGUGAUCUCUCCCUUUAUCUGUGUGUUCAAAUGUUUGCUGUUUAUGAAAUGUAGGUUCAUAUCAAAGAAAAUGAAUUAACAAUUGUCCAACAGUGUCCAAUGUUUUUACGCCUAUUUGCGUAAUUUUACGAAAAAGGAAGUAAGAACUAAAUGCUGUUUUUGUCAGUUGUUUUUUAAUGUUCAGCAUAAUCCACAAGUUUAUCUAGACAUCAAGCAGCAGGAAUAGCUACAUUUGUCUGUGACAUGUGGAGAAUUAAUCAGACACAUUUUAGCUGCACUUUUAAUUAUUGCAUUAUAUGUUUAUAAUGUUAACAUAGUAUUUAUGUAAACAGCAAAUUAUUUUAGCACAGGUACCAGCUGUUGAAGGUGGUCAUAAUGAGUCUCGACUCAGUGAAGCCUGCAAAAAAAUGGGACAGUAGUGAUUCUGAUGCGUUCAAAUCGGAAUGCAAAGUAGUGAUUUGUGCUGCAGGUUGCACCAACAUCUUGUACAUUGUCAACUGGCUUAUAUCAGUAUUUCUGUUAUUGCAGUUUUCUGCGCUAUGGGACAUGUUAUCAUCAGUCUACUUGGUUUUCACACCCCCUUUUUAUUUAAAAUAAUUGUAAUAGGGUCUGAUCUAUCAGUUAGGGAGCCUACACAUCUCAAAGACCAGACCAAGUGUGUGUGUGUGCGUGCAUGCAUGCUUGUGUGUACUCAAGAACGUAAAUGUGAGGGAUGAGCCUUUAGAGUACCGUUUGCUGUGUUGAGAUCUACUGCGGCUUAGUUCAUUAAUGUAAUAACCAUUCAAGUACAACACUCAUGCAUUUAUAUUUUCACCCAGCUUGACAUAUUUAGGUCCUAGGAUCAUUAUCUAGGGUAUGUGAUAUAUGAUUACAUAAAUUAUCAUACUUUUACAAUGCAUAGGUAUAUUGGUUUUGAAUUAUUGUUUAAAUAAUCAUCUAUUUGAAAAUAUGUAGUAGUAUAUUUUAUAUUAAAAUAAACAUCUAGUACAGUUAAAAUUUUGUGGCGUGUAGACCUGUUGCUGUUCACUGGCUACAAGAUAAGCAAAUAUACAACAGCCAUUACUAAGUAACGGCUUUGCAAAGAAGUGUGUGUCCAUGGCAGCAAUUGGAGGCAGCAACAGAGGAACAGUGUUUUCUGUGCAGCCUCUGCCAAGAUGUUAUAAAGAAGACAGUGAAGUGAAGUCAGUUCAAUUGAGUGGUGAGUGACUGAGUUAGUCAUUCAGUCAGCUGGAAAUAGUUUGGGAACCCCGAGGAAGGGGAGUGUCCAUUGGAAGCUGCUAUGGAGCAACAGCUAAUGAAAACAUGACUGUGGACACUAGUGUUUGUGCACGUGUGUGUGUGUGUAUGUAAUAGUGAAUUGUAAAGUGUAGUCACAUGCUUUAUCAUCAAUCCGUAUGUAAUAUAAUUUGUACAAUUUUUAUAUUUCAUAUAUAUUAAUAAACUAUGUGCAGUGUUUUAGUUUCUGUAGUUAAAAACUCAUGUGGCAUUGUCAUUAUUAUUGUUAUUUUAUUACAUGAUAGAAAGUCUUGAUAGUUUAUGUAACUGUUGGACAUGUGUCCUUGGUAAUGGUUUUAGGAUAAAAACAUGUCAGGCCAAGUGAAAUUAUAGAUCCAUGAGUGUUGUAUUUGAUUGAUUUUCGUAUUUAGCAAUUAAAUAUCGUUGUAAUGGUAUGAUGCAAAAAUAAGUGAAGCUCCAGCAGAGGACUGAGGUUGUUAUGACAUGCUGGCUGGCACUCCUCAUGUGUGAUGAUAAAUGAGUCUGAAGAAUUUGUGUGGAAGGGCCAACAUGCACAGACAGAGACUCAUCCUAGUGCUACUUUGUCUGCCACAAAUCCAGACACAACCACCUGAGACUGAACCAAGGACUCUGUUUAGAAGUGACAAGUAUUUUUAGUUCUGUGAUACAGCA